AUGUCGUCUCACGCGCUCUCGGACGACCAGGUCGCCUCCGAGCUCAAGAAGAUGACUGCCUUCAUCCGGCAAGAAGCGAUGGAAAAGGCCCGCGAGAUACAACUCAAGGCAGAUGAAGAGUUCGCAAUCGAGAAGUCUCGACUGGUGCGAGAAGAGAUCGCUGCCAUUGACACCGAAUACGAGAAGAAGUUUAAACAAGCCUCCAUGUCCCAGCAGAUCACACGGUCCACCAUGGCCAACAAGACGCGGAUAAAGGUGCUCAGUGCCCGACAGGAGCUUCUCGACAGGCUCUUUGAGCAAGCCAGGGAGAAGCUACCCGAAGCGGGAUCCAAGAGCAAGAAUUAUGAGGAGAUAUUGAAAGGACUGAUUCUUGAAGGCAUGUACAUGCUCUGCGAGAAGAAGGUCUCCAUACGGUGCCGAGAGGCGGACAAAGAAAAGGUUCAAAGUGCGGCCAAGAAGGCUUCUGCUGAAUACAAGGAAAAAAUGGGCAGCGGGUCGGAGGCCGUUGUGGACGACAGCGAAUGGCUGCCAGCCGAAUCAGCUGGCGGAGUCUUUGUUGUGAGCGGUAGUGGCAAGAUAGAGCUGAACAACACCUUUGAAGAAAGAUUGCGGUUGUGCGAAACCGAUGCUCUUCCCAGCAUCAGAGCCACGCUGUUUGGGGAGAACAAGAACAGGAAGUUCCAUGAUUGA